AAUAAUAAUUGUAAAUGCUCGGCCAAAACUCAGGCUUAUUCCUAAGUAACUCUUACAACUUAAAUUAACCCAUUUCUUUUAAUCUACAUUUUGUCACAUGGCGGUACCUGUAUUAGCACAGCAUAUUCAUCUCCUGCUCCUUCUGUGUCUGGCUGACAACUCCUCUGACUCCACAUUUCUUCCUCCCAGCAUUCUCAGUUUGGCUCUCCUGCCUAACUUUAUCCUGUUCAGCUAUAGGCCAGUCAGCUUCUUUAUUAACCAGUGAGAGUAAUACAUAUUCACAGUGUACAGGAUUGUUCCACAGCAUUUCCUCCUUUUUGUCUAAUUUUAAAAAAGGAAGGUUUUAACUUUAACAUAGUAAAACUAUAUGUAACAAAAACAGUUAUCAAGUAAGAAUUACAGUUAAAAUAUUCAUUUGCAUUUGGAAAAUUCAGAGAAAAUACCCUAUUAUCUUUGUGAGUCUAAAGUUUUACACCUAAUUUACCUUUUAUCAUAACUAAGGAAAACUUUAACUAUGACUAUCUAAUCUUCAACUCUGUCAAAGAUCCCAGAAGGGUGAAAUGCUACCUAAUGACAGGGAUAUCAGGCUGCCUGGAUCACCCAAACUUCUUCUGUAACAUUGGGGCAUCUGACUGUGGCCUCCAGGCCUAGUAUAUCUGACAGACAUUUCUGAGAAGCAGGGAAAUCUGAAGGACUGUCCUACCUUGUCUUGGUAAAGUUCAGCAGUCACCUUCCUUGUGUCCUGCUGGUCCAGUUUGGCAGUAACUGUCAGCAAUUAAGGCAAGGGCAGUUUCUUUGCCCACAUGGCUAGCUUUUGCCAUAAAGAAACAAACUCCACAUGGAGGUUCUUUGAUGCCCAUCAUCCUCUUUUGAAUUAAACUGGUGCUGCCAGGAGCAAAUGUGUCUCACUGUCAUGAAAAGCCUUAGGUUAUUAAAACAUUUUAAAUGCCAUAUUCUGUAGGUCUUUUGAAGUAUUUGAAGACCAUUUAUCUAUCUAACUAUAUCUGUUUAUGACCUUGAAAAUAUACCUAACUUGACUAUAAGUUUGACUUAUAGUCAUAUAAAUAACUAGUUAUUAAUCUGUAUUUCUUAAUAUACAUUAUGUUUUUAAAUGAGUUUCAUAAAUACAAUACUCCAAACAAGAGUAGAAACAUAUAUUUUAACAAAAUUAACUUUAAGUUUGUAUUGAUAAACCAAAAUCCAUACCAAUGUAAAAUAUUUUGAGAUUAGUAGUUGUUUUUUGGAUGAAAGUAGAUUCAAUAAUCCAUCUUUUUAUCUCAUUUCUAUAUUAUAUCCCCCUUUUUUCUUUCACAAAGAGAUCUUUGAAUUUAAUCCCUUUGUUUAGGUUUUUUUUUCCUGACCAUUAUCAAUAACAACUUGUAAUCAUCCUACCUUAAAUGAUAACAAAUAUCCAUUACCAAUAUUUUGGGAAUGUGGGCGUCGUUCUCUAUACUACUUCCUGUUGUUUGAAGGUGCUAACAUCUUUUGGGGGAACCUUGAGAAAAUCAGGAUAAAUGUUAAAUCUUGGCUGGAGUAGUCUAUGAGGCUGGAUCAUCUCAGCCAGCAGCCUUGAAGUUGUUCCGGACGCAGAACUCACAAACUGCAACAGAGGCAUUCUGAGAUGUUCCAUCAUCUGGGCCAUCUGUCUUUAUUGGUGUCUAGUCUGGACCCUUGCAGACCCUCGAUGCUCACGCUGUCUCGAGCAUCUGUCACCUGCACUGCGCUGAUGCCCCGCAGGUCUCUACUUCCAAUGCCUGGCUGCUGCCACUUGCUCUGGCUCUGGUGUCAGCUGUUGUUGGCAGCUUCUGGAGCUUCUGAAGCCACUCGGACUGCCAAGUUCGCAGUGGCUGCUAGGUCCUGGGUGCUGCCCUAUGCACCCCAGGUCCCGUCCAUGCUCUGGGUAUAAAACUAUUCUAAAUUUCUAUUAUACUAAAGUCUUACUUAAGCCUAUACAGUAUUCUUAUACCUAAAGUUUAUUCUACCCUAAUAUACCUAAGCCUACAUUCCUCAAACUAAACUUAUGACUUACUUUAGUAGAAUGAGCGAGACAUAGAAAGAGACCUAACUUUAACUACUUACUUCAGCUUAACUUGAACUACUCUGCUUUAUAUUUAAAAUUUUACUCCUGAAAAAUAGAAUACUAUCGCCUCAACUUAAUUCAUUAAUUCAUUACCAGAAAUGCCCCCCCUGCUCCCGUGGUGCCCCCUUCUCUCCUUUCGCCAAGUCCCUGUUCUGUGGGAGUCCCUGAACCUAUGCCCCACAUUGUGCACCAUCUGUGGGGGAGCCUACCCCCACCUUUCCCAUGGUACUCUUGAAGAAAGAGGAAUAAGAAAUAUUAGGUAGAAAGAGAGACCUGGCUGAUGAAAGACAGAAACACAGGAUAGCUUCAGGAGGACCUGGGUCAAUACCCAAUGGCCCAGAACUUUAUUCAAAAGGGCUUUUUAUAACAAUGCCCAGGGGCGAGGCAAAAGACCCCCCCCCCCCUUGCUAUAUACAGCCAAGUGUAGAUCCUUCCAAAGAUCUGGUAUCCAGGCCCAUGGUCCAAUCACCCUCUUAUGCAGUCCUUCUGGGUAAAGCAAGCUCAGAUCUCACUAGGAAACCUCUGUGGGCUCCCACACUUCUCUUCUCUCCUAUUUCUUCUCUUUGCCCACCAGCCCUACCUAUCCCUCCAUUUCCUAGCUAUUGGCUAUUCAGCUUUUUAUUAGAACAAUCAGGUGCCUUAGGCAGGCAAAGCAACACAUCUUUACAUUAAACAAAUGCAGCACAAACAAAUGUAACACAUCUUUACAUCAUUAAAGUAAUAUUCUGCAACAUAAACAAAUAUAACACAUCUUUACAUAGUUAUAUUCCACAACACUUUCCAGAACCUGCCAAAAUAGCACUACUAGCUUUGGACCAAGCAUGCAACACUGAGCCCACAGGGGACAGUUCAUAUUCAAACCAUAACAAGCUCUCAUCAGUCAUAUGCCUGCAGCUGAGCAGGAGGGAGUUGGGGAGAGAAGUUGAAUUCUGCAUAGUGUGUAUCUAAUCCUAUUUGUCACCUGCGCUCACACAUGCCUAUGAAUGGCUGUAGGAGCCUCUGUGGCAGAUAUACUGCCCAUGGUUAAGUCAUCAGAAGAGCAUCUCUCUUUGUUUAUGAGCUGGUAAGGAAGGAAGUUUCCCAGCUUGCAUAGUGAAUGGCCGAUUAUGGGCAAUGGCGGCAAUGAUGGCCAGAAGGGAAGGUAGGCACAGUGGUACCCACAGUCUGCACACAUCUGCACCUCUGCAUGGACAGGCGCAGGAGGAAAAUACAGCCAAAGGUGGCACAAGGUGAAGGCUGUCUGCGGUAUGAGAAACUGGCGCUGGACCAGCCAAGAAUUCCUGAAGCAUUGUCCCGCUGCAGAUCCUGCACUUAUGGCUCCAAGUCACUCCACAAGGCCUUGCCAUACUUCCAUGGACAGGCUCCUCUUCAAAGGGUUACUUCCGCGAGCCCAGAAUAGAAAGGACACUGGACCUGCUCCACCGGGCAACCCCAGGCUGGUUAUUGGUCUCCUGCAAUGGAGCCUCUACUGCAACCUUCCAGGUGGCCUGCAGACGGGACUCUAGGAAGAAGUGAACAUACACGCCAGAGAAGGAAGCUACUGCAUCCAGCAUUCUCCCCACUUAGGCUCUGCCCAGUCUCUCCAGAAACUGAACAAGCCAGAGGACGCACCGGCCCUAAUCGUUAACUUUGGAUCUUCAGGGUUCACGCCCCUCUUUUUCCCUCACUCCCAGAUCCUCAACCCCGAGGAACCUAAGAGAAUGGGAAUUUCUCACGUCGUCAGCACUCGAUGUUUACUGGCAUAGGAACAAGAAAAAAAAUACGGAGAGGGUUUUCAAAAGGUGGAGAAACUGUAGCUUCACUACAGUUGUCCAAAUAUAUCAAGAAACCUGUCAUAGUAGUUGACUGCUGACCGGUCUUUGAAAAAUGACGCUAUUCGGUCGACUAGUGCUCAAGCCUUACUGCCCUCAAUUACAAUGGCGGUGCUGUCCCAGUUUAACUUCUUGCCCCUAGAUAUCAUGGCCGCCUGGCGGUUUCACGUAGUUUCUCCUAACCCCGGAAGACCGGGGCCGGCGAUUGGGCGGUGCCCAAGACACAGAGAAGAAGGCCUCUGACGGUUGGACAGAGCUGCGUAAGCCUGGUUUUAAAGAAGCCGGAGGUGGGAGCUGUCGAAAACCCGGGAUCCUUGGAAAGCUGCGGCUGCAGCCUGGGAUUCCCCAGGGACUCCCCGGAACCUCCGCUUUCCCCAUGGACUUGCCUGGGGACUCCAGCCCUUCUAGACAGUCAAGCCUGUGCCGCCAGCCCCUAGCCCGAGCAUUAUGGGAAGCCAGGAGCCCGAAAAGACCGAGGCUGCAGCCUUUGGGGUGCCCUUCGCCCCUGGAAAAGGCCUCUCGGCGGGUCCUGGCCGUGGUGCUGGAAGAUGUCAUGGCUCCAAACAGGGUCCCCCUGGCAUACCAAGAGGACACGUCCAGCUCAAUGAAUCACAACAAUCAUCAGGAUUCUGUCUGCAGACAGUCACCUGCUUUACUGGGACCCCAGCAGGUCAAGUGGGACUUACAAGCCAGGCCUCCUGACCCACUGCAUUUGUGCCGAGAACCCUUGAGCCGCGUCCACCACUCCUCCCCCACCUCAAGGAUGAGAUCAAGGGCAGCCCCUGGCCCAGGAGAGAGCCCUUCACAAAAGACAGACCAGGUCACCCAACCCACCCUGCUGGUGGUCCUGGAAGACAUUGCCAGUCCCAGACAACCAGCUGAGGGUUUUGCUGAAGAUAGGCCCAACUUCAUUGUCCCAGCACAAAGCACCUUCAGGAGCCUUAAAGGCCAGGGGAAGCACUGGCCUAGGAGGGAGCCGGACUUGGAAGCACCCCCAACUCUUACUUUGUCCCUUCACCCCAGAGCUGAGCCUGUGACAAAAGUUCAUCAGCCAAUGCCUGCAGCCAGAGAACUAGAAGCUCCAUUCCAGCCGUCCACUCUGCCUGCUGACCCUCCAGACAGCCCACUACCAGCCCCAGAUCCUGCUCUGGAGGCCCCAUUGACCCCACCACCGUCCAGCCUUUUACGCCCCCGUCUCAGUCCCUGGGGCUUGGCCCCUCUCUUCCGUUCCGUCCGAUCCAAGCUUGAGAGCUUCGCUGACAUCUUCCUCACGCCUAACAAAGCACCACAGCCUCCACCCCCAUCACCUCCCAUGAAAUUGGAGUUGAAGAUUGCUAUCUCAGAGGCUGAGCAGUCCAGGGCUACUGAGAGAAUUGCAUCUGUCAGCCCCCGGCCCCCUAUCCGCCAGUGGCGGACUCAGGACAAUUCCCCAGCAUCUGUCCCUAAGUUAUCUCUGGGCCGAAGCUACUCCUGCCCUGAUCUAGGGCCCCCUGGCCCAGGUAGCUGUACCUGGCCUCCUGUUCCAUCCCAGCCAAGCCAGUCCAGGCCCCGGAGACAUACUGUGGGUUGUGGGGAGAUGGCCCGGAUCCCACCACCUCCUCGGCCCUGUCUCCGGAAAGAGGUCUUCCCUCUUGGAGGAGUGGGAGCCUCAUCUUCUCUCACUACAUCUUGCUCAUCCACUGCAUCCACUUCCUUCUUCUGCGAACCAGCAGAACCCAGAUUGGGUUCAACCAAGGGGAAGGAGUUAAAAGCCUCAAAGGACAAGGUGUUUUCUGACCCAGAGACCAAGACCAUGGGAAAGGUUUCUAGAUUCAGAAUACGGAGGACGCCUGUCCGUCUACAACCAAACCUUACACCAAUGGGGCUGCCUCGACCAGUGAGGUUAAACAAGAAGGAGUUCACUUUGGAAGAAAUUUAUACCAAUAAGAAUUACCAAUCGCCCACAGCCAGAAGGACCUUUGAGACCAUCUUUGAGGAACCACGGGAGCGCAAUGGGACUCUGAUUUUGACCAGCUCUAAGAAACUCCGACGGGCUGUAGAAUUUCGGGACAGCAGCCGUCCUCGGUCCCGUCGACCAUCACGAGGGGUCCGCACUGCAGCUGGCAGGACCCCUACUCCCAACCGGGCACCCAGUCAGGAUGUGGGACCUCUGCUGCAAGAACGGCUGAAGGAGCUAGAUGCCUUGCUCCUGGAGGAGGAGAUAGAUAGGGAACAUUCCUGUCAGCUCUAGGAGCUCCAACUGUUUGUCCAUCCAUCCUUCAGGGAGGGGGUAAAUCUCUGGAUCAAUUGUAUUUUUUCUCUAUAUUUCUAUAAAGUUUUCAAUAUGUUUCUGA